AUGACCAACCCCAUCGCCCUUCAAUCUCAAUUGAGCUCAGCUGGAAAAGCUGCAGCUACCGCGAGCUUGAAUGGAGCUUCCCAUCAAUCUCAGCCUCAACCCCGCGAUGGCCAGACUUGGUCUCCAAGCUCCUGGACCACCAAACCCAUCAAGCAAGACGCCAUCUACGACGACCGCAAGCAAGUCGAAAAGUCACUCGCGAAGCUUGAAAGACUCCCUCCAAUCGUCACGCCGACUGAGAUCGUACGACUAAAGAACAGUUUGCGCGACGUCGCUCUUGGUAAGGCAUUCCUCCUGCAAGGUGGUGACUGUGCAGAGCUCUUUGACUACUGUGAAGAGAAUGCAAUUGAAUCAAAGGUCAAGCUCCUACUCCAGAUGUCCCUGGUGCUCAUUUGGGGUGCAAACAAGCCUGUCGUGCGAAUUGCUCGUAUGGCGGGGCAGUACGCGAAGCCGAGAUCGAGUCCAACAGAGAUCAUUGACGGGAAGGAGCUUCCUUCUUUCCGAGGCGAUAUCUUAAAUGGCUUUGACAUCGAUGAGAGAAAACUAGAGCCAUCAAGGCUCGUCGACGCUUACUUCCAUUCGGCAAGCACGUUGAAUUUCCUUCGUGCUUCGCUGUCAUCAGGACUUGCAGAUCUUCAUCGUCCGCUUGACUGGGGUCUUGGUCACGUUCAAGACCCGGAGCUGCAAGCUAAGUACUCUAAGACCGUUGACUCCAUUACGGACUCGCUGAGCUUCAUGCGCACUGUCGGUGCCGACAUCGCCAGCAAAGCUCUCGAGACCGUCGACCUCUACACCAGUCAUGAAGGGCUUCUUCUUGAGUAUGAGCAAAGUCUCACCCGAAGACUGAGAGAUCCUGCCAACGCCUCCAAGCCAUCAACAUCCGAAGACCAGAAGUCUUGGUACGACACCUCGGCCCACUUCGUCUGGAUCGGAGAUCGCACCCGACAGAUUGAUGGCGCUCACAUUGAGUUCUUCCGCGGCAUCUCAAACCCGAUCGGCAUCAAAGUCGGCCCAACAACCUCCUCCUCUGACCUGCUUACUCUCCUCCGCACUUUAAACCCCUCGGUUGAGAUCGGCAAGAUCACGCUCAUCACUCGCUAUGGCUCUUCCAAGGUGCGCUCCCUUCUCCCACAGCACAUCAGAACAGUUGAGAACAGCGAGUAUGCACGUAGCGUCGUCUGGCAAUGUGAUCCCAUGCACGGCAAUACUCGUUCAACUUCCACAGGCAUCAAGACCCGUCAAUUCUCAGACAUCCUGUCAGAGCUGCAGGACUGCCUGGCUAUUCAUAAGGAAGAGGGGAGCUACCUUGGUGGUGUGCAUCUAGAACUCACUGGUGAUGCUGUCACAGAGUGUACUGGUGGCAGUGAAGGUCUCGGAGAAGAUGAUCUAUCACUCAACUACACCAGCUUCUGCGAUCCAAGACUCAAUGAGAAGCAAGCGUUGGAGCUUGCAUUCCUCAUUGCAGGACAUCUGAGAGAGAGAAACUAA